AUGUAUUUGUCUCGCUGUGGUAGAUCUGCUGCUCGCUUGCUCCCCCUUGGGAGCUCCCGGGCAGCCGUUGUCUCCGCUCGCGCCUUUAUCGUGCCCAGAUUGGCCCAAUCGCGGGGAGUAGCGUCGUCCACCCGUGAUACGCAGCACAAGUUGCUCGCCGCCUCUCUAGAAGAGUCCGACCCCGCCGUUUAUAAUAUCCUGCAGAAGGAGAAAAAACGUCAAAAGCACUUCAUUAACCUGAUCCCCUCUGAGAACUUUACAUCCCAAGCUGUUCUUGAUGCCCUUGGUAGUGUCAUGCAAAAUAAAUAUUCCGAGGGAUACCCGGGUGCACGUUACUAUGGAGGAAAUGAACACAUUGAUGCCUCCGAGCGGUUAUGCCAGCAGCGUGCCCUAGAGACCUUCCGUUUGAACCCGGAGGAAUGGGGAGUUAAUGUCCAACCUCUGUCCGGCUCACCCGCUAACCUCAUGGCCUAUUCUGCCCUCCUCAACACCCACGACCGCCUAAUGGGCUUGGACCUUCCCCACGGUGGCCACCUGUCCCACGGUUAUCAGACACCUACCAAGAAGAUUUCCGCUAUCUCUAAAUACUUCGAGACUUUGCCAUACCGCCUUGAUGAGUCGACUGGCCUGAUCGACUACGAUGCAUUGGAGAAGUCGGCCACCCUAUACCGGCCCAAGCUGAUUAUCGCGGGUACCUCGGCCUACAGCCGUCUGAUUGAUUACCCACGUAUGCGCGCGAUUGCCGACUCCGUGGGCGCCUACUUGCUGUCCGAUAUGGCCCACAUCUCGGGUCUUGUGGCUGCCGACGUGCUUCCAUCUCCCUUCCCCUACUCAGAUGUCGUGACCACCACCACACACAAGUCUCUGCGUGGCCCGCGUGGCGCCAUGAUCUUCUACCGCAAGGGUGUGCGCAGCACUGACAAGAAGGGCAAUCCCAUCAUGUACGAUCUCGAGAACCCCAUCAACGCAUCUGUCUUCCCCGGCCACCAGGGUGGCCCUCACAACCACACUAUCACCGCGCUGGCCGUGGCCCUCAAGCAGGCUCAGACGCCCGACUUCGAGGCUUACCAGAAGACAGUGCUUCUUAACGCCUCUGCUCUAGCCCGGCGCCUAGGUGAUUCCACCAGCAACGGUGGACUCGGCUACAACAUUGUGUCCGGUGGCACCGAUAACCACCUGGUGCUAGUGGAUCUGAAGAACCGAGGCCUGGACGGUGCCCGCGUUGAGCGCGUUCUCGAGCUGUGCGGUGUCGCCAGCAACAAGAACACCGUGCCCGGUGACAAGUCCGCACUCAAGCCUGGCGGUCUGCGUCUGGGAACACCAGCCAUGACCUCCCGUGGCUUCCAGCCCGAGGACUUCACCCGCGUCGCCGAUAUCGUCGAUCGUGCGGUCACCAUCACACAAAAGCUGGACAAGGCCGCCCGUGAGUCGGCUCAGUCGCGUGGUGUCAAGAACCCGAAUACUGUCAAGGCCUUCUUGGAGUACGUGGGUGAGGGUGAGGAGAUCUCGGAAAUUGUAGUGCUCCGCCAAGAGGUCGAGGACUGGCUCUAUGUCUACCCGGUUAAAUCCCUCCGGCCUACAACAAUCACAGAGGGUAUCCUAACCACACGGGGCUUUCAAUAUGACCGCCACUUCAUGCUCCUCAAAGUCGAGAAUAGCUCCGGUACCUCGACCCUAAAAAACAUGCAUGUCCCGGACUUCCCAGAAAUGGCGCUCUUCCACACCAACAUCGAAUAUCCGCAGACAGAGAAGGACAGCGGAAAAUUGAUUAUCACAUACAACCCUCCUCUGUCAAAAUCAGCUCUUAAAAAUGAAAUAACCCGACUGGAAAUCCCGCUCCAGCCCAACACAAAGAGCCUAAAACCCCUCAAAGUGGUAAUGCACCAGAGCCCAACGACAGGAUACAACAUGGGUACUGAGUACAACGACUGGUUUAGCGCUUGCUUCGGGUACCGGGUAGUGCUAGUCUACCUUGGACCGAAUUCAAGAGAGGUUCUGGGCACACUCGGGCCAGCAAAGCAAUACAAAAAGUCCGCGCUGCGCACGAUACUUGAAAGUAUAACAAGACCCGACAGGAAAUGGGAACGGAUCCUCCCAAUUAUCAUCGUAGCAUCUACGAUCAACAUACUGCUUCAGGGUGGUACUCUAGUCCGCGACGGGAUAAUUCCUCAAACCGCUCACAAUCUCACGACCACUAUCCUUUUCACUGCCAGUGCGGCGGUGCUGAUGCUGGUGUUAAUCUAUUUUUGCAGCCUACACGCACCACACGAGGACCGUAUUACCUUCGCGGACUGCGCGCCUUACCUUGUUAUCUCCGAGACAUCCGUUGAUAAUGUCUCAGCGCGGCUGCCGGAGGGAGAAGAUAUGGACCGCACGAAGUUCCGGCCUAAUAUUGUUAUAUCGGGGGCCGAGGAAGCUUUCGAAGAGGACUUUUGGGGUGCAUUGACUGUGGGAGCUCAAUUAGGCCGUGGGUCGAGUAAGCUGUUGUUGACGGGGAAUUGUGUACGCUGUCAGAGCCUCAAUGUUGAUUACGAGACUGGGAAGAUGGGAACUGGUGAGUCUGGUGCUGUACUUAAGAAGUUGAUGAAGGAUCGCAGGGUGGACUCCGGGGCGAAGUUUAGUCCUGUUUUUGGUAGGUAUGCUUUCUUGGAGCCGAAGGGUGAGGGGAUUAGUCUGAGGGUUGGGGAUGAGGUUGCGGUUGUUGAGAAAGGAACUAAGAGGUCUGUCUUUGAUUGGCCUAGCCUAACGAAUUGA